UCGAAUGUUUACAUCUAACAUCCUUGGUGGGACGUACCGAAUAUUGCAAAAUGCCGGAUUUUAAGCGAUAUUUACCGAAGAACCGAAUGGAUUCAAUGGCAACGGUGUUUGCAUUCUUCGGCAUAAAUUUGAUAGCGUUUUUCGAGUUGCUGUACGUGCUUCCUGAUAUCGUGGAGACCAGCCCCAACUAUCCCGCCUCUGCGAAGUGGGCACACCUCGUCUGCGGCUGGUACAUUUACCUGAAUGCUUUGAGUUCGUUCUGGAAAGUUAUAGCAACUGAUCCGAGUAUAAGGGGAUUGAUUCUACCCACAAUGACCCGCACAGGUUGGCGGUACUGCCCAUACUGUGAGUGCAAUGCGCCGCCUCGCUCCUACCAUUGCUAUGUGUGCAAACUGUGUGUGCUACGCAGGGACCACCACUGUGUCUUUACCGGCAACUGUAUUGGGCACCGCAACCAUCGCUACUACAUGUCACUGAUGAUAUUCUGCUGGGUUGCUGCACUAUAUGCAUGCAUUCUCAACUUCUCCAUUGUUCUAAGAGUAUUUGCUGAGACCGGACCUUUGGCCAUCUUUAAAAUCCUCUUGCCAUUUUUAGUUUGGGUGCUGAGAUAUAUAUCAUACGGUGAAAUGCUCCUAUCUGCAAUGCUUUUGUUCUGUAUGGCCACACUAAUGAUGGUGUCAGCAUUACUCUUUUAUCAUGUAAGGAACAUGUUUUGUGGACAGAUUACUACAGAACGAACACAUCAAGUCUUCAAAUAUGAUCUUGGCUGGGAGAGAAAUGUGAAGGCAGUGUUCGGGAAAAAUUGGAAGUUUGCUUGGUUGUGCACAUGGAUUCCAUCAUCAUUACCAGGUGAUGGUUGUGAAUUUCCAGUACAUAGUGAAUAUGAAAAUCCCAAAGAUGUAUAGUUAAUGCAAUUAUUAGCUUUUCAGAUUUUUAUGCUCCCCGAAAUAAAAUUUCGGCGGAGCAUACAGUUGCCAGUUUGUCCUUCCUUCCUUACUUCCUUACUUCCGUCACACUUUUGUUACAGUUUCUCAUAGCACCUUCAAUACUUAACCGAUCUCUCUCAUAUUUGGCAUGUAGGUACCUUGCAUGGACCUCUACCUUUUGAUGAGGUUUGAGGUCACUAAGUUCAAGGUCACUGAGGCUAACAAUAGAAUUCCUUCUAUCACACUUUUGCUACCGUUUCUCAUAGCGCCUUCAAUACUUUACGGAUCGCUUUCAUAAUUGGCAUGUAGGUACCUUGCAUGGACCUCUACCUUUUGAUGAGGUUUGAGGACACUGGGGUCAAGGUCACCGAGGCUAAUAAUAGACUUCCUUCCGUCACACUUUUGCUACCAUUUCUCAUAGCGCCUUCAAUACUUUACCAAUCGCUUUCAUAUUUGGCAUGUAGGUACCUUGCAUGGACCUCUACCUUUUAAUGAGGUUUGAGGUCACUGGGUCAAGGUCACCAAGGCUAAUAAUAGAUUUUUUAGGUGUUUAUUAACACAUACAUUGACAAAGCGCGUCAUCGGGGAGCAUCCAACAGUUUCACUGAUAUUCUUGUUUAUUUUUAUACUUAGAUUUGUGUGCCAUAAAAACAUCAGAUUCAUUACAAUUUUAUUAUUUCUUACAUUAAACACGCUCAAGAAAAAGUUUACAGAAUUGUGUAAUUAUCACAAAAAUCUAUUUAUAAAAAAUCCAAGCUACAUAGUAGAUAAUUAUGUUAGAUAAUUAAAACAAAUUUUUGGUAUUAUAUUUUGUCAAUGUAAAUUAUUUUUAUUCAAAUAUACGCAUGCAUUUCUAUAUUGAGAUGAAAUAUAUAGCUUUUAAUAUGUUAAUUUGAACUGUAUAGAAACUUGUUAAAAAAUGAAACUAACUUAUGAAAUUUCAACAAGGCUUUUUUGGCCAAAAUUGAAGAAGACAUAAUAGCUUUUCCAUUUAUUGAAAAGGUUGCAUGUAAAAUUUUAAAUUUUAGAAGCUCAGUGCUUAAAAUAGUUUUUCUUGAUUGGUUUAAUUAAAAGUGUUGUUCAGGGUAAUUUAUUAUCCAAGAUGUUGAUUUGUCAGCACUUGUUAGGGAAGGAAAUUUUGAUCAUGCAGCUCUUUGCUUUUGGACUGUCACAUGACAAACUUCAGAUAUUGUUUUAGUCAAUUUUUAGCUCACCUGAUUACUCAGGUGAGCUUUUGUGACUGGUAUUUGUCCGUCGUCUGUCUGUCCGUCCAUCCAUCUAUUAACAUUUGUUCGUAAACACUCUAGAGGCCACAUUUAUUGUCCGAUCUUCAUGAAACUUAGUCAGAAGCUUCGUCCCAACGAAAUCUCGGUCGAGUUCGAAACUGGGUUGUACCGGAUACAAAAACUAGGUCACUAGGUCAAAAAAAAGAAAAAAAUUGUAAACACUGUAGAAGUCACAUUUCAUGCCUAAUCUUCAUGAAACUUGGUCAGAAGAUUUGUCCCAAUGAUCAUGGGUCAUGCUGGGUCAAAAAAAAGAAAAAGCUUGUUAACACUGUUGAAGUCACAUUUAAAGCCCAAUCUUCAUGUAACUUUGUCUAAAUGUCUGUCUUAAUGAUAUGUUGGUUGAGUUCAAAAGUGGUUCCGGUCUGUUGAAAAACAUGGCCGCCAGUGGGCGGGGCAGUUUUCCUUAUAUGGCUAUAAAGAAACCUUGUAAACGCUCUAGAAGUCACAAUUUUUGCCCAAUCAUCAUGAAAGUUAAUCAAAACAUUGGUUUGAUUGAUAUGUCGGACGAGGUUGAAAAUGGUCCAGAUCAUGGAAAAAACAUUGUGGCCAGUGGGCGGGGCAUUUUUCUCUAUAUGUAUACAGUGAAAACAUGUGAACACUCUAGAAUUCACAUUUUUUUGCCAAAUUUUUAUGAAAUUUGGUCUGAACAUUUGUUUCCUUGACACAUGAGUUGAGUUGGAAAAUGUGUUCGUAAACACCCUAGAGGCCACAUUUAUUGUCCGAUCUUCAUGAAACUUGGUCAGAAGAUUUGUCCCAAUGAUCAUGGGUCAUGCUGGGUCAAAAAAAAGAAAAAGCUUGUAAACACUGUAGAAGUCACAUUUAAAGCCCAAUCUUCAUGUAACUUUGUCUAAAUGUCUGUCUUAAUGAUACGUUGGUUGAGUUCAAAAAUGGUUCUGGUCUGUUGAAAAACAUGGCUGCCAGUGGGCGGGGCAGUUUUCCUUAUAUGGCUAUAAAGAAACCUUGUAAACGCUUUAGAAGUCACAAUUUUGGCCCAAUCAUCAUGAAAGUUAAUUAAAACAUUGGUUUGAUUGAUAUGAUGGACGAGGUUGAAAAUGGUCCAGAUUAUGGAAAAAACAUUGUGGCCAGUGGGCGGGGCAUUUUUCUCUAUAUGUAUACAGUGAAAACAUGUGAACACUCUAGAAUUCACAUUUUUUUGCCAAAUUUUUAUGAAAUUUGGUCAGAACAUUUGUUUCCUUGACACAUGAGUUGAGUUGGAAAAUUGUUCAGGUCAGUUGAAUAACAUGGCUGCCGGGGGGGGGGG